UCUGAUCCCUCUCUGUGUGCGUCCUUCUCUUUUUGCUGCUAAAGCUUUCCAAGAUGGGAACUUUUCGUUAUGUCGUCGGCAUUAUCGGGAACAUCAUCUCCUUCGGCCUUUUCCUCUCCCCAUUGCCAACAUUCUACCGAAUCCAUAAGAAGAAGGCCGUGGAGGAGUUCCAGCCAUAUCCUUACUUGUGCACGGUUCUCAACUGCGUUUUCUGGAUGUUCUAUGGUCUCCCCAUUGUUCGCAAGGACAACAUUCUGGUCUUGACCAUCAACACCAUCGGCCUUGUCAUAGAGCUGAUCUACUUAACCAUAUUUGUCAUUUAUGCCAAUGAUCGGAAGAAAAGGGUUCUUGUAGGCCUUUUCCUUCUUGGUGAAGCAGUUUUGACAGUAAUCGUGGUUGUCAUUGCUAUGCUGGCCUUCGAGUUUAAGAACAGGGAUAUUUUCGUUGGGGUUAUAUGUGAUGUCUUUAACAUCAUAAUGUAUGCCUCACCUCUUGCCGUCUGGAGAAAGGUUAUCAAGACAAAGAGCGUCGAGUAUAUGCCGUUCUGGCUCUCAGUCGCCAGCUUAGCUAAUGGUUGCUGUUGGACUCUGUAUGCCCUCAUCCAGCUUGACGUGUUCAUCCUGAUAAGCAACGGCCUUGGAGCAGUAUUUGGCCUCAUGCAGCUCAUUUUAUAUUCCUACUACUACUUCCUUGGGAAACGCGAUACCAAAGAAGAUGGAAAGCAAUCAGAGCUUCAGCUUUCUAACCAGAGUUCAGUCUAAAGCUAUUGAGGAAAAGAAGAUAAUUGCAGUUCCAAAUUAAAGGGGAGAAUUUAGUAUUUCUUUUUCAGCUUACUUUGUUCCUUUGUUUGUUCCCAAUUUGUGAAUAGGAAUAGGACUUCAAUUUUGUGUCGAGUAGAUGGGAUGGAGUUUUUCUCGGUUGGUUUAUGUUACUGGCAAUGGAUUUUGGGUUUUUGCUUAAUUUGGAUAUUAGUACUUUAAAGGGUUUUGCUAAGGAUUUUGUA